AUGGGUAGAGGAAGAGUGCAAUUGAAGAGAAUUGAGAACAAGAUUAAUCGACAAGUGACAUUUUCGAAAAGAAGAACUGGGUUACUGAAGAAAGCUCAUGAGAUUUCAGUUCUUUGUGAUGCAGAGGUUGCUUUGAUUGUUUUUUCACCGCAAGGGAAACUGUUUCAGUAUGCUACAGAUUCAUGCAUGGAAAAGAUUCUUGAACACUAUGAAAUUUAUUCAUAUGCAGAAAAGCAGCUCAAAACAACUAAUGUUGAGUCACCUGUAAGUGGAAGUAGAAUUUUCAUGACAGCAUUUUUAUAA